AUGGAUGAAAAUGGCAAAGAUGUGGAUGAAACUAGGUUUAGAAGAACGAUCGAUUCACUCAUAUACCUCACUUCCUCUAGAUUCGACAUAGUUCAAAGUGUUGGAGUUUGUUCUAAAUUCCAAUCACACCCUAAAGAAUCCCAUCUUUCAACCGUUAAAAGGAUCAUUAGAUACAUUUAUGGCACUUCUGAUUUUGGCUUAUGGUAUCCUAAAUUUGAUGAGUUUGAUAUAGUAGGUUACUGUGAUGCAGAUUUUGCUGGUGAUCGAAUAGACCGAAGGAGCACAAUCGGAAUCUGCUAUUUUCUUAGACAGUCACUAAAUGUGUGGUCUAGCAAGAAACAAGCCACUGUAACUUUGUCUGUAGCCGAGGCUAAAUAUAUUGCUCUUCCAUUAUUCUCAAAAACUGCAUUCAUAAGUGUUCAUUAUAAUGAGAAAGAAGGUGGCUACCCACAGAGGUUCUCUCUUCUCAAGACUAUGGCUCGAACAAAAACCACUUCUCGCCGACCAUCAACAAUGCCUCUAGAUGCUGGCACUUCUAAGGCAAAUGUGGGCAAGGGUAAGAAGCCUAUGACUAAGGAAGAACCACCUAUGUCUCCUCCUCCUUGA